AUGGAUAAUUUCCUAUUGACUGUGAUGGCCUAUGACUGCUUUGUGGCCAUCUGCCACCCCCUGAACUACUUGCUCAUCAUGAACCCUCACUUCUGUGUCCUCCUGGUUCUGAUGAGUUGGCUCAUUGUCUUCUGCAGCUCCCUGCUUUAUAUUCUACUGAUGGAGAGGCUGAACUUCUCCAUAGGCACCAAAAUCCCACAUUUCUUCUGUAAAUUAGCACAGGUUCUCAAGGUGGCCAGCUCUGAUACCCUCAUCAAUAACAUCAUCCUGCUGGUAGCAACCACACUGCUCUGUGUUUUUCCUGUGACUGGGAUCCUCUUCUCUUACUCUCAGAUCAUCUCUUCCCUAAUGAGAAUGUCCUCCUCUGAGAGCAAGUAUAAAGCAUUUUCCACCUGUGGGUAUCAACUCUGUGUGGUCUCCUUGUUCUAUGGAACAGCACUUGGGGUUUACCUCAGUUCUGCUGUGACUCAUUCUUCCAAGAAGAGUAGUCAUUUCAGUAAUGUACACCGUGGUCACCCCCUGCUGAACCCCUUCAUCUACAGCCUGAGGAACAAGGAUGUGAAGGGGGCCCUGGGGAGACUCCUCAGCAUAGCAGCAUCUGGUCCUUGA